GCGUUAUCAAAAGCUCAGCUCUAUAUCUUAUAAUUGUGUUUUAAAAUAAAUUAUCUACUUUUUGAAAGAUAAAAUAAAAAAUGGAAAAAACUUUAUUUAUGUUAUUAAUAAUGGUAUUUAGUGAAUUUUCCACUAAAACAAUAAAAAAUUGUCAUCAAAAUUGUGGUUAUCGUUUUUGGCAUACAGCUGGGACGUGUUUACCUUCGGGACAGUGUAGAUGUCGGUGGGGAUGGACUGGCCCAAAUGCAAAGUAUAUAGAUGGUGGUAAGUACAACAAUCAAAUACUUGCUGAUUACUGUACCAUACCAUGUCAUUUUACUUUCGAUUUUCGAAAUCCUCGUUGUAUUAUAACAACCACACAAACUUUUGCUACUGAACAACAUAUAAUAUCUACUGCAAAUAAGAAAUCUAAAAACGAAACUUUUUUGACUAAUGUUUUGCAGACUGAUUUCCCAAUAACUGCAAUUAACUCUAACUCAAGUAAUAAUAACUCAAAAUAUCCCUCUAAACAGAAAGCUCAUCCAUCGAAUACGUUAUCUGCAAAAAAAAAAAGUAGCAAUACCACGUUUACUAAACCUGGUCAAUCUACAGCAAUUAAAGAUGCUAUUUCUGAGCCAGCAGAGCAAAUAGCUGGAAAAGAAAUUACACAACAUAAUACAGAAGCAUUUGAGACAAUUAAAUCUACACCUACUGAAGAGUUAACAUUAAAUAACGAUUCUACAUUAGUUGUUAUUUCUGAUUCGGUAGAGAAAUUAACUAAUAACAAAUUGACACGGUAUAGUGCAGAAUUACCGGUUAAGUCUAAGGAAUUUGUAUUUAAGACAAAAUCAACAUUAAAUAGUAAUUCUAAAUUAACGCCUUCUGAGUUAGAUGCUUCAACUAUCCCUAAAUCAGAGUUGAAACUUUUUCCUGAAUUAGAAUUGUCAACUGAAACCAAACGUUAUAGUACAGAACCAGCCAUUUUAACAAUUGAACCUUUAACAAAUAAAGAUUUAUUUAGAAGUUUUUCAAAAGCAACAGUUUCUGAAACAACAGAGGUAUCAACUAAAAGCGAAAGCACCAAGUUAAGUAAAGAAAAACCAACAAUAAAUUCAAUAGAGGUCAUUUAUUUGAACUUCUCGCUGUCAUCUAUAGCAAGUGACAACCUUACUAUGUAUGAUAGUUUGUGUUGUUUUUAUAACCCAUAAUUAUAUACUUAAUAGUGUAAUGGCGUAAUGGCGUAGCUAUUCAUCUUUUAUAUUUCUUUAUCCUGCAAAAAAAAAACUUUUAUAUUAAAACCUUUGAAAUAAAU